AUGUCCACCGACGAGCGCUCGAUCGCGAUCAAGGCGUCGGCUUUGUGCGCCGGGUUCGCCGUCGGUGCGAUCGUCGCGCGCGCGGCGCUCGAGCGCGGCGUCGAUGGAGGCAUUCGUGACGUUCGUGAAUUUCUCGUGCGUGUGCGCGUGAUCGUUCGCGAACGCGUCGUGAGGGCGCUAGAGACUUCGCAGACGGUGAGGAUGAGUGCGCCAAUUUCUACGGCGGUGGAGGCGGAGGAUGAAGACGUGGACGCGGCGUUGGUGGAGAAGUUUCACAAGUGCGCGAACCAGUUCAAGCUCUUGCUCAUCGACGCCGACGCGUACUUCGAGCCCGGGGUCAAGGCAAAGAUGUACGGUUUGUAUAAGCGGUGCCAGUGCUCGUUCGACACGGACGCGGUGCGGCCGACAAAUCCAUUGGACGUCGUGGGUAGGGCGAAGUACGACGCGUGGAAGAGCGUGAGAAAUCUUUCGCGGCGCGAGGCGAUGGAGUCGUACGUUGAGACGUUUCGAGAGUGGGGCGAGCGAUACGAGGAACUCUUGGCGAUCGAAAAGGCGCAAAAAAGAGAUGAAAAGGGAUUCACGGAUGCGGAUAAAAAGGCAGCGGAGGAGUUCCACGACAAUGACAAUGAACUGAAAGUGUUCGGAAGGGCGUGGUCGAUGGGCGGAGCGCACAGUCAGCCGAUCGCGCCGACGCAAGAGGAAGAAUCGUCGAGCGAUGACGUCGAGGCUUUGAUUGCGGCGUGCAGAGCCGGAGACGAAGACGCCGCCGUGAAAGCGUUGCAGAAUGGCGCAGACCUGAACGAAAGAGAUUCGCACGGACGGACACCCCUGCACUGGUGCGCCGACGGCGGACACACGAAGCUCGCGAUGCACUUGUGUUUGCUCAAAGCCGACGUGAACGCGCAGGAUAAUUACGGCCAGACGCCGUUGCACUACUCCGUUAGCUUAGAAGACGCGGAGACGGCGAAUUUACUGCUCGAUUGGGGCGCAGAUCCUUCCAUGGAGGACGCUGAGAGUGACACGCCGGAGAGCAUCGGGCUCUGGGACCUCGCGGGUGCUCGCACAUUAGAAGGCGAGUGA